UGUUUUUUUUUUCUAUUCACCUUCACCACUUUCGCAAAAUUGUAGCCGCCCGCUAAUCGCCGGUAAAUUCGUUCUGUUAACGUGUUUUGUCCUGUUAGUUUAUAAGUAUUAUUUUAAAAAUGUCAACCAUUUCUAAGCUGGAAAUCCGUGGAAUCCGAAGCUUCGGUGUGGAGAGUGAAGAUGUUCAGAAAAUCAAGUUUCAAUCACCCCUGACACUGAUCGUCGGUCAGAACGGUUGUGGUAAAACGACCAUUAUCGAGUGUCUGAAGUACGGUCUAACGGGCGAGGUUCCUCCGGGAACCGAUCGAGGUAAAGCUUUCGUACACGAUCCAAAGAUUUUCAACACCGUUGAGAGCUUGGGUCAGGUGAAGCUAAUGGUGAAGGACAUCACAGGGAAUCGAGUGACAGCGACUCGCUCGAUGAGGGUUUCCCACAAGGGCAACACAAAGCAGGCCAAAUUUGAGACGCUAGAUUCGGUCGUUACAAUGGAAAAUGUGGUCAGCGGCCAAAAGACGAACAUCUCACGCCCACGAGUAGCCGAUAUAAAUAACGACAUGUGUGAUGCGAUGGGUGUUUCGAAGGCGAUCAUCAACAAUGUUAUCUUUUGCCAUCAGGAGGACUCGAACUGGCCGCUGGAAGAACCGAAAGAGUUAAAGAAAAAGUUCGAUGCUAUUUUCGGUACCACCGAGUACAAUCGGGUUAUUGAGAAGCUGAUUAAAAUUUCGAAGGAGUACAGCGACAGGCAGAAGGAGAAAGCGGGAGAUUUAAAACUGCUGGAGAAUAUCAAGAAUCAGACAGAAAUAAAGCGGGUUCAGCUGGAGAAAACUGAACGAAAGAAAGAAGAUAAGCGAGCGAUAGUUAAGAGCUUAGACGGAUCCCUGCAGCCGAUCUUUGAAAGAUUGGAACAGAUUGCUAUAAUCGAGAGGGACUAUUCCAAGUUGAAGCAGCAAGAAAUUGAGUAUAAAUCGAAGAUUAAUACUAAGGAAGAGCAACAAAAGCAGUUGCAUUCCAAAAUUCGCACACUGUUUACGGGUUCGUUGCCGGAAUUGGAGGUGGAAAUUCGAACCUUUCAGCAGUCUAUGAAUACAAAGCGCUCAGAGCUACGCGAAGCUGAGUCGGAUUUAGUUUCGCGUAAAGGACAGGAGAAGUCACUCCAGAAUAAGCUGCGCGAGUUGGAAACUCACCGGGUGCAGUUAAUCUCUAAACGCCAACAGGAGCAGGAGUUGAUCGGUGAUCGAUCGAAGAAAAUCGAGGAUCUCUGCGUACGUAUGAAAUUACCAGCAGGCGGAGAUUACGAGUCGGAUGCCUUGGCAUUGGAAGGAGCCCUGAAAGCGAUUAAGCACGGUUUACGUUCGGAGGAAAGCGAAAUCCAGGCAAUGAUUCGUUCGCACGACGAAGCAGAUCAGAGGGCCCAGCGAGCGGUCGAUAAAUUACGCGAGGAGAAAGCCAAACUUGAAGCAGAUUUCCGUCAAAAGGGCCAGAUGGUGGCCGAUUUCACUAGGGAAAAAGCUCAAACGCAAUCCGAGAUCGCGGCCAUCGAACGUUCGGCGGAGAUGUUGAAGAAGCUGGUUACCGAAAUUGAAAAACUAGAACGAGAGUAUGAAAGUCAAAAAGCCAACUCUAACGUCGAUGGUAUGCGUCAGCAGCUGAUUGAAAAGAAGAAAAAGCGCGAGGAGUUGCAAUCCCGACUGGACCGGGUGGAAGAGCAAAUUUCCGCCUUGGAUGCUGUCGCAGCUAAAGCCACAGAACUUGGCCUUAAGGAGCAACAACUGACUGGCAAAGAGGCCGAAUUAAGACGGGUACGAAGUAAGCACUCGGAUAAUUUGAAACGACUGUUUCCGAACAGAUCUAUUGAAGUUAACUACAAGCGUAAUGUGCAGGAUUUGUACGAAAAUCUACAGCGACAGAUCAAGCAACUGAACGAAUCGACACGCCGUUCACAGGCAACUGUUACCGAGAUGGAAACAACCAGACGUUCGCAGAGGCGCGAUUUGGAACGAAUGGAAAAAGAACUCGCGGAAAAUAAGGAGAAAAUUUACGCAGCAUGUCAGGGAAAAUCAUAUGAGGAAGUCCUGGCAAAAUUGAAGGAGAAAAUAACGAAAAGUAAUCUUGAACAUGGUGAGCUACGUUCGGCUGAGGUUCUUUACAAGAAGUACAUUUCUCGCAUUGAGGAUGAUCACUGUUGUCCAGUUUGCCAUAAGGAUAUGGCCGGUUCGGAUGUGCAGGAUGUCAGCUCGGAACUGUCCGAUGAAAUUCGUCGCUUGCCAGAGAAAAUUGAAUUGCUCGAAAAGCAACUGAAAGCCGACCAAGCAAAAUGCGAGCGAUUGCUGGCUCUGCAGCCUUACUCGGAGCGGGUAGAGAAACAGACGGUGGAGAUCCCGAAGUUGAAAGAGUUGCUGCAAGAAACAGAGCGUCGCUUGACGCAAGCAUCUGCCGACCUGGAGGAAUACCAAAUGUCGAUCCUAGAGCCCAACUCAAAUGUUCAACUCAUUAACUCUAUUUUGGGUGAUAUGAGCAUUUUGGACGAAUCAGCCAAAGAUUUAGAACGUAUGAAAAAGAACGUUGCCGAUUUAAAGCAAGAGUUGGCAGAAAGGACACCUAAAGGAACCAACUCUUCCUUGGAGGAUCUGAAGCUGGAACGUGACUCCGUUCGGGGCGAACUGCGUGGAGAACGUAUCUCAAUAGAUGCUCUCCAAAACAAGAUUGAUGAGGAAACGGAACGGUUAAAUGGUUUACAUCAGCGUUACAACCAGAUGAAGGAGAAGAAGAUUAAACUGCAGGAAUCGAUUCAAUCCUUGGAUCAAAAGAAAGAGAAAGAAGUGGAACUUGGUGCAAAAAUUGCUGCCUGCAAAAAGGAUAUGGAUGAAGCGGAACGUAAACUAGGUCCGGUUCAGCAAAAUCUGAUUAAAGAGGAAGAUACCAAGAACAAAACCAAGGAGGAGAAUAGAGUCAAGAUUAAUAAGGCACACUCUGCACUGGAGCAACUCAAGCGAAUGGACGUUGAAAUUGGUCGGCUGGGUAAGGAAUUAGAAGCUUUGGAUAAGCUUAACCUGGCUGAUGAGAUUCAAAAACUAAAGCAAAAGUUGCAAGAUGCAAGUGAGGAUAUGAAGAAGAUAAGCAAAGGCAUCGAGGAAAUCAGUACUCAGAUAGAUGAUUUGAAGAAAGACAUUUCUAAUCAAGAUAUGAUAGAGCGCGACUUUCUAGAUAACCGUGAUCUUAAGAAGCUGUCCGCUGAAACCGAAGCAUUGCAGGACAAGCUUGAUACACUGAUGCGCAGCAUCGGGGACAUGAACGCUCCAAAUAUCAGUAGGGAGCGCAAUCAGCUGCUCGAACAACGGGAUGCUAUUCAGGCUAAAAAAAGUGAAAUUAAUGGCGAAAUGACGCAGCUGGAAAAUCAAGUGCGAGACUUGAAGAGAGAAUUGGAGCGCCCAGAGUUCAAGAACGCUGUUAGAAAUUAUCUUAAAUCUUUCAGUGAGUUAGUGGUGCUGAAGAAGCUUACUAGCGACAUUUUGAAGUAUCGAAAUGCUCUGGAAUGGGCGCUGAUGAAAUACCACGCGGAAAAGAUGGAGCAGAUCAAUCAGUCUAUUUCCUCGCUUUGGAGAGAUAUCUACCGGGGUAAUGACAUCGAUUGCAUUUGUAUUAAAACAGAAGAUGAAACUAAAGCGGAAAGUAAGACAGUUGAAAAACGUCGCGCAUACAAUUAUCGCGUAGUGCAGGCCAAGAAUGGCGUAGAAAUAGAUAUGCGAGGUCGUUGCAGUGCCGGCCAAAAGGUAUUGGCCUCGUUAAUCAUUCGGAUGGCGCUGGCGGAAACAUUCAGUAACAAUUGUGGCGUGAUGGCACUGGACGAACCAACCACCAACUUGGACCGGGAAAAUAUUGGUUCGCUGUGCGAGAGUUUGCGCAGCAUUGUCAGUGAGCGCGAGAACGGAAACUUUUUACUGAUUAUUAUCACUCACGAUGAGGAAUUUGUGACCAAGCUGGAGAAGUUUGAUACUUAUUACCGCAUUUCUCGGGAUCACAAUGGGAAGUCGGUUAUCAAAGAGGAACAGCUGUGAAUCAGCUGAAUUUGAUUAGAUACCUCGGGUGGCGAUUGUACGUUUGUUAUUUUAUUCAUUCCCAUACUGUUGAUUUAAUCAUAUAUUAAAUACAAAUGUUCCUAGUUAUCAGA